AUGGACGAGGUUUAUGUACACCCAGAUCGUGGUGCCUCGCUUCGACGUAAUAAAACUUUCACUAGACCAGAACGAUAUCAACCCGCGGCUCCUCUACUUACUGGUAAAAAAGAGAGUAAGCCAUUCGAUUUAUGGGUACUAUUUUCUCGUAUCGUUACUUUUUGGGCACCAAGCAUACUAUUAUCAAAAUGCGGAGGUUUUCCUGACAAACAAUCACAACAAGCUUGGCGUGAAAAGUUCGCUCUAUGCUUUAUCGCACUCAUUAUGGGCGCUAUGGUUGCUUUCUUAACAGUAGGCUUUCGGCCGGUUCUAUGUCCUACUGAUUCCGCAAAUAACUCUGACCACUUUUUACAUUAUGGUACAAACCCAAAUCAUCUCGGAAUCUUGGGUUGGCAAUUUGAUAUAAGUAGUGCUAAAUCUCCUCUUCCUUUUAAUUUUACUGACAAAGCACGCCAAAAAAAUGGUCUAGACAUAACAAAUUUUUUCAAAAGGGAUAAUUCUGAAAUAGCUAGUUGUCAACUUAAUUCAAUCAAAAAAUUCGCAGCUGUCAUUCAACCUCUUUGUUCUAAUUCUAGCAGUCCUACAAGUUGUCCUCUUGAUAAAUUAACCUUUCCAGCAUUGCAAACUUAUAAUCUAAAAAAUACUUCAAAACGUGUUGGAUUUGAUUAUGGGGAUCUUGGCUCUCCAGAGUUAAAAAAUUACUUUGUUAUUGAUGGUGCUGUACUUAACUUGGAUCCAUAUAUUAGUGCAAAUCCAAAUCCAUUACAGAACGAUUUACUUGAUAAAAUGAUUCGUAGUGUCCUGAAUUCCCCACAUCCAUCAAAUGGAAAGGAUGUUACUCAACUAAUUUUUGGAAAAGAUUCAACAAAACAAGCUAUGAAAUGUCUUAUUGAAAAAUACUAUGCUGGGAAUAUCGAUAAACAAACAAUUGGAUGUUUUACUGCUGAUGUUUUUAAUUACAUAAUGUUAGUAGUUAUUUUAGGAGUCGUAAUGGUUCGAUUUUUAAUGGCUUGCAUUUUCAAUUGGUUUAUUUCUUUCCGUCUCGCUCAUGAACCAAUUGAACCAAAGAAACAAAAGCAGCAAACAGUAUCACAAGCAUUUGGAAGACGUACGGCACCAUCACCAUGGAUACAUCGCAAUGCUGGCACUGCUACAAAAUCUAUUAAUUUGGAUAAAAUUGGGAAUGAUCUUUUCACCGUCUUACUCGUAACUUGUUAUUCAGAAGGAAAAGAAGGUUUACGCCUUACAUGCGAGUCUAUGGCUGCAACUGAAUAUCCUGAUGAACGUAAAUUGUUAUUCCUUGUAUGUGACGGCAUAAUAACAGGUAGUGGUAAUGACAAAAGUACACCUGAGCUUUGCAUUGAACUUAUGGAACUCGAUCCAGAUUUUGAGGAUCCUCUGCCUCAAAGUUAUAUUGCAGUUGCUGCCGGUUUUAAACAAUAUAAUGAAGCCAAAGUUUACGUUGGACAUUAUAUAUACAAUGAACGGCGAAUACCAAUGAUAACAGUUGUAAAGGUUGGUAAUCCAGACGAAAAAAACCAACCGAAACAGGGUAACCGUGGAAAACGUGACUCGCAAUUGAUUCUCAUGAAUUUCUUUAGUCGGGUUACUUACAAUGAUCGUAUGACUCCAUUGGACUAUGAUUUAUUCAGGAAGGUUCAACAUGUAAUGGGCGUGACGCCGGACUUUUUUGAAACUGUAUUGAUGGUUGAUGCUGAUACCAAAGUUUAUCCGGAUUCUUUAAGAUUAUUAAUUAACUGUAUGUGCAAUGAUCGACUUAUCAUGGGCCUUUGUGGUGAGACAAGGAUUGCAAAUAAACGACAUUCUUGGGUUACAGCUAUUCAAGUUUUCGAAUAUUACAUUUCCCAUCAUUUGGGCAAAGGUUUUGAAUCAGUAUUUGGUGGUGUUACUUGUUUACCCGGAUGUUUCUGUAUGUAUAGACUUAAAGCUCGUAAGGGUGAUGAUGAUUGGGUUCCAAUUAUUACAAAACCGGAGAUAGUUCAAGAAUAUUCUCAAAAUAUUGUUAACACUUUACAUCAGAAAAAUUUGUUGCUUCUUGGUGAAGAUCGUUUUUUAACUACCCUUAUGCUACGAAACUUCCCAUACCGAAAGAUGACAUUCUGUCCGCAAGCUGUUUGCAAGACUGUUGUCCCUGAGGAAUUUAGCGUUUUACUUUCCCAACGUCGUCGUUGGAUUAAUUCAACAAUACAUAAUUUAAUGGAACUAGUCCUUGUUCGUAAUCUUUGUGGAACAUUCUGUUUUUCUAUGCAAUUUGUUGUAUUUUUGGAGUUGAUGGGUACCGUAGUUCUGCCAGUUGCUAUCAUAUUAACAAUUGUAUUGAUUGUUUCGAGCGCUCUUCAUCCUCCAAGUGAUUUCGCAGAAGCCAUUCCAUUACUGAUGUUAUCGGCAGUACUCGGUUUACCAGCCAUAUUAAUUUUGAUUACUACGCGAAAACUUGUUUAUAUUGCAUGGAUGGUGAUUUAUUUAUUAGCUUUACCCAUAUGGAAUUUUGUUCUCCCAACAUAUGCAUACUGGCAUUUUGAUGAUUUCUCAUGGGGUGAAACAAGAAAAGUUGAAGGUGAGGCAAAAGGUGAUAGUCAUGGUGGAGCAGGUGGUCGGUUUGAUCCAUCCAAAGUUCCAUUUAAGCGCUGGGAAGAUUGGGAACGUAAUAGGCGUCGUAAAUUGAAACGUCAAGAACGUCAACGUCAACAAACAUUACCGGAUACACCAUAUUCAAGUGAGCAAAUGAAUGAUAGUGAUUACAGUUUACUUCGGGUUAAUGAUACUUAUGAUAGAUCAUCAGUUGUCUCACAUGGUUCUACACAAGAUAUCGGACAACAUCAAAACUUUUAUGAUUAUUCUCCUAAUAUUGACAAUAAAGAGUCUCAUCCAAAAAAGCGUCAUGAAUUUUAUCAACAACCUCAACAAUCGCAAGUGGAAAAUUUACGGCUUAUUAACAAUGAUGGAUCUGAGACGAGUUUAGCAAGUGGUGACUCCAAUCAUGGUAAAGGUCGUUAUUAG